GGCAGUUCCGGUGGGACAACAACAAUCGCUGCAGGGUUUUCAUUCACGCACCGCAGUAUGGCCCAGGCCCGAGUCACCGAUUAUUUUGCGCAGGGUAAAAAGGGAACCGUCGGUCGGUCUUUCCGCUCCAAGGGACAAAAAGUGUCCGUGGACGUUGCGGAAUCGGCUGCGAUCGUCAAACCGAAGACUUCGUGCAGAGCUACACGCUCUUCGCGCAACGCGACGCGACCUCCCGCUUCGCCGGAGCCGCAGAGAUGCGUCCAGAAGGAGUUUCUCAAAGUCAUCGACGAGGCUUUACAAUCAGAAGCCGCGGAUCCGGUAAGAGACGCGCGAGAUGAGAGGCACGCGGUACUAACGGCGAGCCCCCGGACUCCCAAAAGAGGGUCCGAGGAGUUCGAUGUUUGUUCGGUGUUGUUCGCGUCCACAGCCGAACUGCACAGCAGCGCCAAGAAGCGUCAGCGGCUCCACACCGACCAGAAGCGCGAGCCGGCGGAGAAAACCAGCACCAAGAGCGCGAGAAAGAAACUGGAUCUGCUGGGAAAGGACAGCAAAGAGCAGAGCUGUGAAGCGUUGGCCAGCAGCACUCCUCCGCUCCGUCAACAAACCACCAGCAAAGAGUCCAAAAACACUGUAAACCAUAACACAAAUGCAUCUCCCGUACGCCAGACAGUGGAAGACGAUAGGUCCAAGCGGACCACCAGGGUCAAGAAAACAUUUUCAAAAGAAGAUGUGGCGGCGCUGAAGUCCAAACUGCAGAAGCUGAAAGGACAAUCGGAGCUCGCGGCGACUCCCUCACCUGCUCCUGUAUCGACGCUCGCUGAGCUGAAGGCCCGGCUCGAUGCUGCUCGUGAGAUCUCGGCCAAAGUUCAGCAGAGGAAGGCCGAGCGGGUUGCACAGGAUGCCAAAGCGACUCCGGCACCGCCGGGAAGUCCAGAGAAGGAAAAGCUUCCGGCCUAUCAGCGUUAUCACACUCUCGCUCAGGACGUCCCUCCUGGUCUCGCCCUACCCUAUAAAUACAAAGUACUGGUGGAGAUGUUUCGCAGUCUGGACACUAUAGUCGGCAUGCUCUUCAACCGCUCGGAGACUGUCACUUUCGCCAAGAUCAAGCAGGGGGUUCAGGACAUGAUGCACAAGCGUUUUGAAGAAAGCCAUCUGGGACAGAUUAAGGCCGUGUACCCUUCUGCUUAUAUCUUUCGCCAGGAGAAAAACAUUCCCUGUUUCAGUGGCACUGGGAAGAAAUCUGCGCAUCAGCUCACAGUGGAACCGGUCAUCGAACAAGAGUUUAAUGGUGCUCGACCAGUGUUGUCCGCAUCUCGGCUUUUGGAAAGGCGGCACAUUUUUCACCAAAACUUAGUCGAGAUCGUGAAGGGACAUCACAAGGUCUUUUUGGCUUCAUUGAAUCCUCCCGUCGUCGUCCCGGAUGACAAACUCACCCGCUGGCAUCCGAGGUUUAACGCGGACGAGGUUCCCAACAUCAAACCCGAUGACCUGCCACAGCCGCCUCAAACCGAGAAAGUGACCACCGCUCAGGAGGUGCUGGAUAAAGCUCGAGCUCUCAUGACACCGAAGAUGGAAAAGGCUUUGGCUAACAUGGCGUUGAAAACAGCAGAGACUGCACACGCGAAAGAGCCCGAACCGGCACCCAAACCUGUCGUGAUCCCAACAGAGACGCCCAUCGCCCUGAAAGGUGUUUCUCAGUCUCUUCUAGAGAGGAUUCGUGCCAAAGAGGCCCAGAAGCUUCAUGCCGUUAUGACACGAAACCCGCAGCAGGAGGAACGUCUGUCCAAGAUGUCACGACUGCCGGAGCUGGCCAGAAUCCUCAGAAACGUGUUUGUGGCAGAGAAGAAACCGGCUCUUAUCAUGGAGCUGGCCUGUAACCGCAUGAUCUCCAGCUACCGCUCUCCUCUCAGUGCUGAUGAAAUGGAGACGCAUCUUCGUCUGCUGGCCGAGCUGACGCCUGACUGGUUAAAAGUUCAUCCAGUCAGAAAGGACGUGUAUCUGAAACUGAACAAGACUACAGAUCUGAACAUCGUGCUGGAUAAACUGAAUCAGAAGAUCAGAGAAGAGGAGCGGCGCUGA